UCACAAAUCAUUCGUUUCAAGUAUGAGCUAUAAAAUAUUUGUUUUUCUACUCAUUGUGUUCUGCCAACUUUCUCAAGAGACUCUCACCGGCCCUCCAGAAAAGAAAAAGGAUUCUGAUUCGGAGGAAUCCAAAGAUGAAUUUAUAUCUAGCAUUAGAGACGGCGAUGGUGCCAGUGCUUUAAAAGUUGUGUCCGCACCCGAUCUAAGCAAAGAAGAAGGUAGCAGUAAAGAAAAGUCAAGAAGUGAAAAUGAACCAAUGGACGCUUCCGACUUGCUUUUACUUAAACAAGCAAAAUGGCUGCAGAAAAUGGUGCAGGAGAUCGAUGGCCUUAAGUAUACUAUUGUUACAGAAAAUCAAGAGAUAGAAACUGUGAUGGAAGAAGAAGAAAUACCACCAUUACCUGAGAAUUUUGGAGAGAGCGAGUUAACCGCCGAAGAAAUUGAAGGAAAUCGAAUUUAUGAAGAGGCAAUGGCAUUAUUAAAUAAAACCAGACCCAUUCGAAAGACUGCAUUUUCAUUAUUACUAGAUGCCUCACAGAAAGGAAAUUUAAAUGCGAAAUCCCUAAUUGCGUGGGCUCUGUUAUUUGGAAAUCCAAUAAAACAAGAUUUGGAGAGGGCAAAAAAGAUGUUCUUUGAGUUGUCUGAACAUGGUCAUGCAGAAGGACACUUGGGGUUAGGAUUCUUAUAUGCAACUGGUCUUAACGUCAAUGUCAGUCAGGCCAAAGCGUUAGUCUAUUACACCUUCGCAGCACUCGAUGGAAAUACAUGGGCCCAAAUGAUACUCGGCUAUCGCUAUUGGUCCGGUGUGACUGUCACACCUAGCUGUGAAAAGGCUCUUGAUUACUACAGAUUAGUCGCUGAAAAAGUGUCUCAAGGCGUGUCUUUUGGUGGCGGAAUCGCAGUGCAAAGAAUACGAUUAAUAGACGAAUUGGAAAGUGGAUAUAAUUCGGGUAUAUUGGACAAUGAUCUAAUUGAGUAUUACCAACUGUUGGCGGAAAAGGGGGACACCCAAGCUCAAGUCGGUUUAGGCCAGUUGCAUUAUCAAGGGGGACGAGGAGUGGAAUUAGAUUAUCAAAAGGCUUUGGAAUAUUUUACGCAGGCUGCAAAUUCCGGAAAUGCAGUAGCUAUGGCAUAUUUGGGCAAAUUGUACCUCGACGGCAGUGACGAAAUAAAGCAAGAUAAUGAAACUGCUUUCAAGUAUUUUAAGAAGGCAUCCGAUUUAAACAAUCCUGUCGGCCAGAGUGGGUUAGGUUUGAUGUAUUUAUACGGUCGUGGGGUUGAGAAGGAUUAUGCGAAGGCGCAUAAGUACUUUUUAGCUGCUGCCGAACAAAGUUGGGUUGACGGGCAGCUCCAUCUAGGAAAUAUGUAUUUCAAUGGACUCGGUGUAAAAAAAGAUUAUAAGCAAGCGAAUAAAUAUUUUGCACAAGCGGCAAAGUCGGGGCACGUGUUGGCCCACUACAACUUGGGUCAAAUGCAAGCUCAGGGUACUGGAAUGAUGAGGUCUUGCCCCACUGCGGUCGAAUUUUUCAAAAUUGUAGCUGAACGUGGAAAGUGGGGUGAAUUGCUUAUGCAGGCGCAUAAUGAUUAUAGAGAUGGCCGAUACAAUGAAGCUUUUGUCCAAUAUGCACUUUUGUCAGAAUUAGGGUAUGAGGUUGCCCAAAGUAAUGCUGCAUUCAUGCUGGAUAGAGGGGAAGUGCCUAUGCUAAGUGCAGGAGAUUCUUACCUUCGAGCUCUUUUGUAUUGGGGACGAGCAGCUGCUCAAGGAUUUUCUGUUGCACAGGUAAAACUGGGCGACUAUUAUUAUUACGGAUUGGGUACGCCCGUUGAUUACGAAACAGCUGCUUCUCACUAUCGACUAGCCUCAGAGCAACACAAUGCACAAGCCAUGUUUAACUUGGGAUACAUGCACGAGCAGGGUUUGGGAAUGACAAAAGACAUGCAUUUGGCAAAGCGCUGUUACGAUUCUGCCGCCGAUACAAGUUUAGAUGCAAAAGUGCCUGUAACUUUGGCACUCCUAAAGCUGAACUUCAUGUUUGGCAUUCAAAGUUUGCAAGAGAGUCCGUUUUGGAAGAUGGAUGAGAACGAUUUCUUAGGAUCAAACUGGGACCUAUACCUUAUCACAAUGUUGGCCGGGCUAUUGGGAGUGAUUGUGUACUUUCGAAGGCCACAAAUUCCUGUACAACCUCCUGUAGUGUAGACUCAUUACGACACAUACACUCGCACUGUAAAUACUUGUCCAAUAGGUUUAAUAAAAGUAUUCAGCUACUAAAGAAUUGAAACGUUUUAAGGAUACGAAAGUGUGACUGCAUCUUCAUCUGGAUAAGAGCACCUUCAUUAUGUUAUUUAAGACUGUUACGAUUAUAUGUUAUUUGUUGCAUUUAGUUUGUAAACUGUAGUGUGUUAUGUUCGAGUAUAUAAAAUCUUAUUUAUCUUCCCUCUAAAAAUA